AUGGUUAAGGUUGCUGAAGCUGAUCGUCGAGCAAGGGGGGGAGUGGAGCCUCUGAUGACAAUGGGCAAAGGAAGUAGUGAAAAAGGAACUAUAGCUAUAGAGGAGAUUUGCGAUGGUUGGCAGAGUCAAAGGGAAGAUUUUGAGAUUGUUGUGAUGCUAUGGUUGCUGCGAAAGUGGUAUGACAGUGCCGAGUUGGAGAAGAGUUCGAAGGAUUCAUUAUAUCACUACGAUAUUGAUAACGGGAGAAAGGUACAAACUGAUGAGGUAUAUGGUGAUAUUGCAAGAAAGUUUAUUGAUGAUAGCUUGAUUUAUGUUCAAGAAGAAGCGGAUGUUCUUUAUUUGGGGAAUGGGUGUGUCAAUGUCAGUGCUCAUUCUGGUGAUUUUCUUCUUUCAAGGGUGGGAGUGUCAAUAUCCAUACUAGUUCUGGGUCUAAUGGUCCACGGGGAGAAUAGACAUUUGCGGUGUCUGGGUGAACCUGGUUCAGGUUUAUUAGGUGUUCCACUUAUUACUGCCUAUGAUCCAAUAUUCAAAAUUGAUGAUAGAUGUCCCAUAAUUAAUGUUGGUCUAAUGAACUCUGAUGCUGUGACCACUGAGACAAUAAUUGUUACUGAUUUUUGCUUGAUUUACCAUGAAUUCUGGUCCAAAACCUCAUCAAAUUCCCCAAAACCACCGGACAUCACAAAAAAUUAUGACUCCUUGUUUAAGAAAUCGUCAGUUGUGGACAUUUCUCAAACACGUCCUAUUGCUUCAGAGAUUAACUCCUUCACAUUUGUGGAUCCUUUUGGAUGUUGUAAUUCCAUGACUAUGCCUCUUAUUUCAAACGAAAAUGGAAGAAAGUCGAAUGUUCACUUUGCCUCUGUUCUUCCUUCAACUGUGUCAGUUUCUGCGAAAAAACAAAUGCCUUCUUCGGGGUUAGGAACUCAGGUCCCUAUUGAUUCCUCCAUUGAUCGAAACACUCAGGGAAUGAAUUUAUUGCCUCAAUCUACUUUGAUUUCUCAACCAAUUUCGACUUCGAAAGGUAGUUCGAUGGAUCGAGUUUUACCAAUUUCUCAGAUCUCUGAUCCUGAGAAGAGAAUUCAGACUCCAAUUGUUAUUCCAAAUGUUCAGAAUUCUUCUGUUAUUCAAGCUUUCCUUAUAAAACCUGGGUCUGCUGAUGAUAUUAAGGGCAAGGAGUUAUUGAGAGAGCUAAAAAUUCAAGAUCCUUUUUCCCUAAUUACUAAGCAUGGAUUGUCAUCAUCUCAGAUUGUGGUGGAAUCAGAUUCUCAGACAUUAGUUCAAAUGGUGAUGGGUUUAGCUGCUAUUCCAUGGAGGUUGCAAAAUCAGUUAGAGAGGAUUAAAAUGUUGUUUGGAAUGUUGAAUCUGCACAUUAAACACAUUUAUAGGGAAACUAAUGGGCUUGCUGAUUUUUUAGCUUUCUUUGCUGUUCAAAAUAAAAUAAGCACUGUUUUUUCUGAUGGUACUCUUCUACCACUUGCUGGGAAGGUUCUUCUGCGGCAUGAUCAGAGUGGUCUGCCUACUGCCAAAUUAAUGAAAAUGAUUUGUGGCCAAAGGCAGGGCAUUGGUUAA